AUUCGUACUCUUCAUCCCAAAUCGAAGAGGAUUCAUAUUGGUGCCGAUGAAGCUUUUCAUAUUGCGGAGGACGAUCGUUGCCGUGCUCGCCUUGAAAAAAUGGAUGUGGAAAAUCAGCCCAGAGCUAUCGAAAAGCUGAAGCUUGCUCAUAUAGCCAAGGUGGCCCAGCUGGCGAGGAAAGCCGGUUUCAAGGAGGUUUUUGCAUGGAACGAUAUGUUCGAUAAGUCUCUGGUGGUAGAUAUGCAAGAAGCUGGACUGGGAGAUCUGAUAACUCCGGUCGUUUGGGGUUACAAAAUUGACGUCACAGAGGAGGGAUAUUUCCCACUGGGACUGUUUGAGAGAUUGUCACAGGUGUUCCCUACAAUCUUUUUCGCAAGUGCAUACAAAGGAGCUCACUGGAAAGAUGAAAACUUUAUUGAUCUUGAUCGAUACCUCCGAAAUCACAUGUCAUAUGUGAGGCUUUACAAGGCACAUAAAGAUAGCAUCAAUGGGCGUGUAGGAGGUAUAAUUCUUACUGGAUGGCAGCGAUACAUGCAUCGUGCGCCAUUAUGUGAGCUGCUGGCGAUCUCAAUUCCGUCUCUGGUCUCUGAUCUCGUAUAUAUCCAAGAUGUUACACGUAGCCGCGAUGAAAUGUGGAGUUAUGUCAGGGUUAGUGGAUAUUUGUUUGCUCGGAAUGAUGGUUAG